GAACACAAACCGGCCAAACGGAGCAACCAGGAGCAGCAACAACACCAAUCUGGACAAGAAAACCACUAGUGGACCCGGUGCGCGUCCUGGUUUACGCGUUCUGAGUGUGUUUUUUUCCUGUCUUUGUUGAUAUUUACGCAGAUUGUGACCGAACCAGCCCGAGAAGUGACAUGAAACCGAUGGAGAAGUUUGGAGAGAGCUGCUUUCAGAUAUGGGUGAAGUAGACAGGACGUGGAAGUGUGCAGAGGCGUCCACGCAGAGGAUCAACAGGACGGUGUGGAGCGGUCCGUGGGUUUCUCCAAACAAUGGCAAAGUGUCAUCGAUCCUUCAGGAUGAACCUAGAAUGAGCGGCUGAGCAGAGCUGGGAUGGUGUAAACACUAGGCACUGGGUUGGUUUGCACCCACGGAACGGACUCAAUCCCACGAGCGGCUGGAUGGUACCGUGAAAAAAAAAAAAAAAAAAAAAAAAAAUCGGUGUCAAGUGCGAAAGGAGACACGAAUCCAGAAUUUCACGACUGCGAGUGACACCAUGUGGAGCGUGGGGACGUGGAUGUGGAGAGCGGCUCUGUGCUGCGUGAUCCUGGACACAUUCCUGCACACCACUCAGGGUCUCAACAUGUGUAUGAGUGGCAGCACCACAUCCUGUGAAGAAUGCCUUCUCAUUCACCCCAGUUGCGCCUGGUGCGCACAAGAGGAUUUUGGAAGAGGGAGGACUUUGACGUCACGGUGUGAUUUUAUUCAAAACCUGCAGAAGAGGGGCUGUGACGUGCAGUUCAUUGAGUACCCCAAAAGUAGCAUCUCUAUUCUGCAGAGUAGACCUCUCAGUUCUAAAGGGUCUGGGUGGACCCCGUAUGAUGUUGUCCAGAUUAUGCCUCAGCAGAUUUCACUCAGCCUCCGACCAGGAGAGCAGACGUGGUUUGGGCUGCAGGUGCGGCAGGUUGAAGACUACCCAGUGGAUCUUUAUUAUCUAAUGGACCUGUCUCUUUCCAUGAAAGACGAUCUGCACACCAUCCGUAACUUGGGCACAAAGCUGGCCCAGGAAAUGGGCAAACUCACCAGCAACUUCAGGCUAGGCUUUGGAUCUUUUGUGGACAAAAACGUGUCCCCUUUCUCUUACACGGCACCGAAGUAUCACGAGAAUCCUUGCAAUGGAUACAAAGCUUUCCCCAACUGUGUUCCCACCUUUGGUUUCCGCCACAUCCUUUCACUGACGGACAAAGUGGACCGUUUUAAUGAGGAGGUGCAGAAGCAGAUGGUAUCUCGCAAUCGAGAUGCACCGGAAGGUGGAUUUGAUGCCAUCCUGCAGGCUGCUGUAUGCAAGUCGAAAAUUGGCUGGAGGAAGGAGGCCUACCACCUGCUGGUGUUUGCCACAGAUGACGUCCCUCACCUGGCUCUGGACGGCAGACUGGGAGGCCUGGUUCAGCCCCAUGAUGGACAGUGCCACCUGAAUGAGAACAACGAGUACAGCGCUUCUAAUAAGAUGGACUAUCCCUCUCUGGCUCUUCUGGGGGAGAAAUUGGCGGAAAAUAAUAUCUUUCUCAUCUUUGCUGUGACAAAGCGGCUGUAUGUUAUAUAUAAGAACUUCACUGCUCUCAUACCUGGAACUACAGUUGAAAUCCUGGACCAGGACUCUAAGAAUGUCAUUCAGCUGAUCAUUGCAGCCUACAGCAACAUCCGCUCUAAAGUGGAGCUGACGGUGUGGGACCACCCAGAGGACCUCAGCCUUUCCUUCACCGCCACCUGUCAGGACGGACAGCCGCUCCCAGGCCUCAGGAAGUGUGCCGACUUGAAGAUAGGAGACACCGUAUCGUUCAACGUAAGUGUGGAAGCGAGGAGCUGUCCCCCUCGUGGCACCGACCAGACCUUCACCAUCAAGCCAGUGGGGUUCAAAGACCGUCUGGAGGUCACUGUGGAUUACAUGUGUGACUGUGGGUGCACCCAGACGGCACAAACUAACAGCAGCAUCUGCAGCUCCAUAGGUACUUAUAACUGUGGGACUUGUCACUGCGAGCCGGGCUACCUCGGUGCCCACUGCGAGUGCCAGGAAGGUGAGGCCAGCAGCAUGUACCUGAGCGCCUGCAGGGAAGCCGAGGGCAAGCAGAUCUGCAGCGGACGAGGAGAGUGUAGCUGCAACCAGUGUCUCUGCUACGAGUCGGAGUUUGGAAAGAUUUAUGGUACCUUCUGCGAAUGUGAUGACUUCUCCUGCGCUCGUCACAAAGGCAUCCUCUGCUCAGGUCAUGGAGAGUGCCACUGUGGGGAGUGUAAAUGCCAUGCUGGGUACAUCGGCGACAACUGCAACUGCUCCACAGAGACGUCCUCCUGCAUUUCAGACGAUGGGCAAAUGUGCAGCGGACGGGGCAACUGUGUGUGCGGUCGCUGCCACUGUACGGAACCUGGGGCCUUUGGGGAUACCUGCGAAAAAUGCCCCACCUGCCCCGACGCCUGUGGCACGAAGAGGGAAUGUAUCGAGUGCCGACUUUUCAACUCGGGGCGGUUGGCAGAUAAUCAGACCUGCCAGCGUCUCUGCAAAGAUAAAAUCAUCACUGUGGAGACCCUCAAAACCGAGGACCCGGGCGCUGUGCUUUGUCUCUAUAAGACAGACAAUGAUUGUGUCAUGAAGUUCACGUAUUCUGAGCACGCCAGCGGACAAUCCAUCCUCACAGCUCUGAAAGAGCCAGAGUGUGCGAGUGGGCCUGAUGCCUUAACGGUGCUGCUGGCGGUGGUGGGCAGCAUCCUCCUGGUGGGUGUGGUCCUACUGGCCGCCUGGAAGCUGGUCAUCACCAUUCAUGAUCGGCGAGAGUUUGCACGCUUUCAGAACGCACGUUCACGAGCCCGAUAUGAAAUGGCCUCCAACCCUCUGUACAAGCAGCCCGUCUCUACACAUUUUGUAGAAACUGAUUUCAACAUGUAUGGAAAGUCGUACAACGGAGGGCUCCACUGAUCCCUCAGCACAGGGCGCGGCAGGACCGGUCCAAAUAACAGAUCGAGGUGGACGUUGGACUGAACACCCUCAUCCCUCUGCACGGUCCACCACCGAAAACACAAGUCAAAUGAACUCAACUGUGUGUGAGGGGGGAGUCUGUGGCCUUUUUAUUGUUCCAGAGGAGAUUCAAGCCUACCACAGAGAACAGAAGUGAUUUCUUAAUCUUCGUUUGCGUCUCUCGCUGACGGCAGAGGCCGCCGGCAGAGAAGAAACAAAGCAUGAACUGUGUCUGAGAGAGGGCUGGAGGGGGAGCUUUAGCAGCGAGUUUGUCUAUGGUUACACAGCACGAACAAACUCAAAACAUAACUUCUACCACACAAAAACCACCUUUCAUUCUUUGUACAGAGCAGGCAAAGCAUUGGCUUAUAUUUGUAUAUUUUUAUAAACACUAAAAUGCCUUUUCUAGUGAAAAUCGUGCAUCCAACAGGAUAUCUUUCUAAAAAGGUUUAAUGUCACUCAGCAACAGAUCAUGUAAGAUUCACAGGAUUAUUAAAAAGCACAUUCUGCAGAAGGUGGCUGUCAUGACAGUGUGGUACUACUAACAUUUACUAAGCAAUAGAACUUUCAUUUUGCACAGAAAAUAGUAAGAGUUGAAACUCAUAAAGAUUAAAGACUUCUUUAAUGUUGUGUGGAUGUGUGUUACAGUAUGCUCCAGGUGCACUCUCUUCCUUAAAUCGGAUUUGCAGGGUGCCGUUUUACCCCCCCCCAGACACUGAUCCCUGAACAGAUAAAGCUGGUGUUGUUCUAUUUUUCUUUUUUGUCACUGUCAACAAACCCUUGCAAAGCAUCUAACAUUUUGUUUUCAGUUUUCCAAAAGGGAGGAUUUGCUGCUUUUCUGAUUAAAAUGAUUGCAUUAUUAUUGUUUUGGUGCUGAACUGUUGCAUUGGUACUUGUGUGUAAUUUACUGCUCUAAAUUUACGGCUUGUAACACUGGGUGAAAUACAAGUCAUUGAAAGAAAGUCCCGCCCCUUCCUGUUUUGCCCAUUGGAACAUAAUUUUGGGAGGAAAAAAAACUCAGAUUACAGUCAGUGGCAAGAGACAACUAAUAUUUUGGUUUCUGUUUAAUUAUGCCAUCAUGCAAUAUGAUAUAUGUCAAUUUCAAAGAUAAUUUUCCCAGGUUAAAGUUAGAGUUUGUGGUAAAACUACAAAAGUAAGACUAUACACCUCAAUGUCGCAGAUGAGGCAUCUGUUCUAAGUCGCUGAAAAUGUCUCUGCAGCUUCAGAAUGACCAGACAUAAAGCUAUUUUCACCUCACUCUUGUAAAAUAAGGUAAAAUAUGCCAAGGCAGCAGCUGUUUAGAUGUCAGUGAUGGUUAUUGGGUGUGAUGACAGAUGCAGUCCACUGAGCUAUUUCACACAAAACUAAAGUGAGAUGAUACUUUUCUGUCUUUACCACAAACUGUCUUUUUUUUUUUAACCUGUAAACAUAUUUUUUAAACAGACAAACAUAUGUGCAAAUGGUGUCAUAAUCCAAAUCCAAAUUUCCCUCCCUCCAUUGACCAACUUUCUAUGAAAUUAGGUCCAAUGGGACACAGCAGAAGGAGUGGAACUAGAUAAUCCAGCUGUAUUAAGCUACAAAAGGGCUCAUUUUAUAGUUGGCUUCUGACGAGGCCUGUAACUGAAACUGCGAUAUAACCCUGUGUAGGAUUACACUAUUCAUUUUUGGGGUUAUUGUGGACAAAAUUGGAGUCAGUUUGAUUGGUUAUCAAGGAAAAUACACAGAUUAUUAAUUACUUUGAAUUCUAUUGGGGCUAUUUACACUCAGGCUGGGAAUCGAACCCAGGUCACUGCUGUUGUGCAGCUUUAACCAUGUGUAAUGUCCAGAUCACAGGAGCUUCAGUUCUGGAAUGAAGGGACAAUGUGUCAGAACAGACCAGCAUAAAUAAAUAGAGAAAAAUCACAUUCUCAAGACAUAAGGGAACAUGUUUGAUUGGUCCAAACCCUCAUAUUUUAUUUAAUGGAAAAUGAAAAGUUAAAAAUUUCACAAAAAUUGCUGUAUUUUGUCAAAGUAAUUACAAUAUUUUCCUGGUUGCAUAUAGUUCAGCCAUAUUUCUCCAUUUGUGUGAGAUUUGUUGACAGUAAGACAGAAAUAUUCAACCACCAGCUUUUGACCCUUAAACGUCUGCAUCUAAAACUAAAGUAAAUGCUAAAUGUUGCACACAGUAGCUGCCUUAAUGCAGAGUUCCUCUAUUUACCAGCAUUUUUGUGCAGUGCUAAUGACAGGCUAUAUUAUGAAGUUGCUGUGACGUUUUGUCCACCCCGUCAGCUGUGGGAGUGGGUGGAAACAUGAACUGGCCUUGAAGGAUGGUGACUUAACCAUCCUAAAAAUCCCGUCACUUUUCCCACAGGAAGAGGCGGAGUCUUAACACAUGAAACUGGGCAGUGAGGAGGGGUCAGUGUGGGUGAGGGGAGAGCGCUUAAAAAGUGGAAAUGACUUGGAGUGUGUGUGUGUUUGAGUGAAUGUAAAUACUAUUACAUAAGUACGUACAGUAUGUACAUACAGUGCCAAAUGAAAUGAAAUUGUUUUCUAUGGAGAGUCAUUAUUUUCUGAAUGGUCACAAAAGUGUAAAAUGAUGUUUGUAAUUUGGGUGUUUAUCAGCAUAUGCUCCAAACCGCAGGAAUUACAAACAAUUUUGAACACAAGCCACACAAUUUUACAAAUGGACUAAGUCACAACUUGAAUAAUAUUCCAUGGACAGACUUUUAACUUCAGCUUCACAAAUCUGAUCGUUGUUUUUUACUCUCAAAAAACUUCCUGUGCUGUUAGUCUUGCAUUUAUUUUCCCUCUAUAAAAUAAAAUAAAUGUGGAGUUUUGACACAGGAAACAUUAAAAAGUUAAUACUGUCUAGUGAAGUUAGUUAUUGCCUGAGAAUCAUAAGACAAAGAGUUCAACAAACUAACAUGAACUUCAGCCAAACUAUGGAAGCACCAGUUGUGAAAUUCUAGGCCUUUAGAGAGAUUUAAAAUCACACUUUGGCCAAUACCUGACCCCAGAGUGGAUGUAACUAAGUUUUAUUUUCCUUUUGUUUUCUCUACAUCUGCACAUCCCUACUAAAAACUUUUGCUGAAGUUGCCAAUGUCACUUUAUCAUAAAGUGAUAAACAUGUGAUAUAACAUGUGGGUUCAUAUUAAGGAACAUUAAGCUGUUCUCUUUCUUUUGAAAAUGUCUUUCCGACUUUGAGAUCCUACCUGAAUCCAC